AUGACCACGUGGUCAGGCCGUCAAUUUCAUGCUUCAACUCCAAAUGUACACUUAAACAGUGAAGCAAAUUCCGCGAUCAGUAGUUGUUCGCCUUUUCAUGGUUUUUCGGGAGCAAAUCAGCAACCGAAUUUAAUUGAUCAUAUAUCUCAAUUGUUGAACAAUAAACUAGAACAAUUGGUAACUCAAAAUAACCAAUUAGGUAGCAAAAUUAAAGAGGUCACAGAAAAGCUGGACCAAAAUUUGAAAUCAUUGAGAGAAGAAAUCAAUGCAACAAAUAACAUAGUAGAAAUUGUUGCAUGUGACACUGAAAGGGUAGAAACCGAAGUUGACUGUUUGGAGGCUUUCACAAUCUCCGAAUUUAAAGAAACAAACAAAAGCAUUGAAUUACUUAACGAACGUGUCAAAAACACGGAAGUAGUCGUUUUAAAUGAAUUAGUGAACCGAAAAGACGAGUUAAAAAUGUUACAGGAACUCUUUGUUUCAGAAAAAGAGUUCGUAGGGGAAAGAUUGAAAUUAAAUUCUGAAGUUGUUUCUGAUAAGAUAUCUCGUAUUGACGAGAAAGUAGAAAGUGUAACAAUAGAACUGCAAACAGUCAGCUCUGAAUUUCCAAAACUGCAAAAUAAUAUAAUGUCCAAUUUUGAUUCAAACCAGAUGUUUGUGCAUAGUUGUAACAAUGUUAGUUUAAAAUGUUACCCAGGUGAUGCGAAAUUGCAUCCAGUUGACUUUGUGCAUCAAUGCAAAGACAUUUUCCAACCUAACAUGCCAGAAUCUGCUAAAGUUAAAUUUGCGAAACGUUUUUUGGAUGGACCACAGUUUGAACUUAAUGAACAUGACUUAGCAUUAAUUGAUGACACAUUAACACCUGAUGUAGACAGAACUUAUGAUAUGUAUGGUAUCACUAGCUUGUUUUCUGAUGAAGGUAAGGAUAAUGAGGUAUCUAUAUUACUAGAAAUUGGUAGCCAAAAUGAGGAAAUAACACUUGACUCAGAUAAUGAGACAGGUAGCGAUUUCAGUAGUGUAACUUCAGAUGUUGAACACUUAGUAGUUAAGGCAGAUGUUAAUGCUGAGGCAUCACCCACAGAUUAUUUUUAUGAUGAUUUUGAUAAAGAUAGUGUUGUGAAGGAUGAUUUAUUUGAUGAUAUAUGCAUUCAAGAGGAAUUGGAUGGCAUUAUUUAUUUUGAAGUUAUUGAUAAUGGUGUUGCAGCAGAAAGUAACUCUGAAUGUGAAAUUGGUUCAUGUGAAGAUAUUAAGAGUGCAAACAAUGUAUUGGUAACAAUUUGUAUAAAAGAAAUCUUAAGUAAGUCUACUAAUAAGAAGGAACAAGCUAAGUUGAUAGGUGAGAAGAUUUUGGAAUCAAUUAUCAGUGAAAAUGAAGUUUGUUUAGAAAAUAAUAAAGAAAGUGAAGUCAUCAAAUCAGAUCCAUCCAUGAAAGAUAAUUUUAAGUCUAGUGAAAGUAAGGUAUCUGUUUCAUGUGUAUUUGAUUUCAGUCAUAAUGACACUCAAUCUUAUGUUGACUCUGACAUUGAAACCUGUGAAGAAGUAUGUAACAACAUCGAUACAACUGAAUUAGAAAGUGACUUGCUGGCAGAGAAUGGGUAUUUGGAUGAUGAUGAUGAUGAUGAUGAUGAUGAUGAUGAUAGGUUUAGGUAA